UCUGUUUGCUGCGCACACUCAUGCAGGAUGCCCGGCGAGCGCCGGGGAGUCCUGGUCCAGCUCAGCCCGACUUCAUGACGCUCUGGGCGGCCUCGUCAUGCGUCUCCUGCCCGAGCCCAGCGCCCAGUCCCUCCGGCUCCUCUUCCUCUUUAUCUUCGUGAUGGGGGUCGCCCCGUCCCCAGCCCUCACGGCCGGCUGCCCUGACAGAUGUGUGUGCGAUGACCAGCUGGUUGUCCAGUGUGCCGGGCAGGAACUCACCCUCUUCCCCCACGACCUCCCCCUCGCCACCCGGCAACUCAUCAUCUCCAACAACCGCAUCGGGGACCUUCCCGCGCUGCAGCUCAACUACCUGUCCGACCUGGUCUACCUGGAUUGCAGCAACAACUCUUUGACCGAGAUCUCCGAGUCCACUUUCGGGAAUCUGCGGAAACUGGCUUAUCUGGACCUGUCGUUCAACACCCUGCUUCAGAUCGAGGACCGGACAUUCGGGCCCUUGGCUUCCCUGGUGAUGCUCCGGCUGACGGAUAACCCGGGUCUGGGGGAGAUCCACCCGGACGCCUUCUCGGAGAACAUGGCUCUGCAGGUGCUGGAUGUGAGCCGGAACAACCUGACGACGCUCAACAUCAGCACCCUGAUCGCCCUCCCCGCGCUGCGCUCUCUGGGGCUGAGCGGCAACCCGUGGAGGUGUGACUGUGACACGGAGGACCUCUGUCUCUGGGUGCAGAUAGAGGGAUUCAAGUUCCAAGACGAAGGCCAGACAGUGUGCCAAGGUCCGCCGGAGCUGUCGGGCCAGCGGCUGGCGGAGGUGGGCAUGCAGCUGCGGGCAGACUGCCACCAGGGCCUGGGCUACUGGGACUACCUCUUCUUCAUCGCCAUCGGCUUCGUCAUCUUCUCGGCCGGCACGGUGUCCGCCUGGGUGAUGGGCGUCCUCAUGGUGCUCUAUGAGCGCUACAGCAAGAGGAAGAGCGAGGAGCUGGACAGCGAUGACGAAGACGGGAGGGGCGGGAUGGGCGGCGGAGGCGGGGGGAGCCAGGGAAACGGGGACCUGAGCAAGUCUGGGAUGCAGGUCUGA